ACAUGCAUUACCCUGACUCUCAAGGAGAAAGAAUAAAGGAGCACGACUUUGCUGAGAUCCUGAAGAAAAGCAUCUGCCUGCAGCAGAGAUCUCACACAUGGUGUGGAAACUGUGACAAGUAUCAGCCCACAGUGCAGACACGCAACAUUCGACGUCUCCCAGAUGUUUUGGUGAUAAACUGUGAGGUGAACAGCAGCAAAGAGGCCGAAUUCUGGAAGGUUCAGGCCGAGAAGACAGAUCAGGAUCAGCGUCACGUGUGGAUCCCCGCCACUCUCAAGAUGUCCCUCAGCAAAAGUCAGAGACUGGAGAUCAGCAGCUGGCCUGAGGGCGAGGAGUUAAGUGCUGCUGAACAGGCGGAGGGAGCUUCUCUGUAUGACUUGGUGGCGACGGUGCCGCACAUCCUGGACGCUGGCGCGGGUGGUAAUAUGGUCGCACACAUCAAAGUGGGUGAGACCUACCAUCAAAGAAAAGAGGGAGUCUCUCGCCAGCAGUGGUACCUCUUCAAUGACUUCCUCAUUGAGCCGAUUGAGCAGACUGAGGCUGCACAGUUUGAUGUGAGCUGGAAAGUGCCAGCCAUCCUGUGUUACGCCAAGAGAAACUACCACACCAAAUACGACCUCCGCAGUGAGUGUCAGCACAAUCAGUCUGAAGUCAAAUCCGACUUAUAUCGGACUGAGAAGCAUAGCAAGACAGACGCCACUUUCAUCCCACUCACAGUCAGUGAGAUGCCGCAGGCUGGUGACCUGGUGGGGCUGGACGCUGAGUUUGUAAAGCUCAGUGAGGAGGAAGCAGUGCUGCAUAGCGACGGCACCAAAUCGACCAUCACGCCCAGUCAGAUGUCUGUGGCCAGGAUCACCUGUGUGAGGGGUCAGGGGCCCAACGAGGGGGUCCCCUUCAUCGAUGACUACAUCUCCACUCAGGAGCAGGUGGUCGACUAUUUGACAAAAUACUCUGGAAUUGAACCUGGAGACCUGGAUGCCACAGUAUCCUCUAAGCACGUGACCACGCUGAAGUCGACCUACCUGAAGCUACGCUUCCUCAUCAAUGCAGGAGUUCGCUUCGUCGGCCACGGCCUGCAGAAUGACUUUCGUGUCAUUAAUUUAGUGGUUCCCAAAGAUCAAGUUAUCGACACGAAAUUCCUUGCUUGGUAUUUUCUUGGCCUCAACAUCCAGGGAGAAACCCACGACAGCACGGAGGACUCAUGCACAGCCCUGAAGCUUUACAGGAAGUACCUGGAGCUGUAUCAGGAAGGAGGGAAUCAUUACGUGAUGAAGGUGCUCUACGAAGUCUACGACAAAGGCUUCCAGUUGAACUGGAAAGUCCCGGAUUCGGACAUGAGAUAG